AUGGAAGCAGAGGAAGAAAAGAUGCAAUUUCUUGGGUUCUUUGGCGUCUACAAAGAAUCCUACAAAAUCAUAUUUUCAUACAGGAAGAUCUUCACCCGUAUCACCUUCACUCUUUUCUUCCUUCUCUCAAUCUUCUUCCUCACUCGCAUCCUAGUAACCCAAGUCCUCUUCGCCAAAAAUGAACACGAUUCCGAGGAUUUAACCCAACCCCAACACCAAAGCCUCCUUUACAUGAUCUCUGAUUGCCCCACUUUCUUUCUUAUCCUUCUCUUUUUCUCCCUCUUUUCCACCUCCGAGGUCGUUUACAACGUCGCUUCCUUCUACACCGCCAAAGAGGUAACCUUCUAUAACGUUAUAACCCUUGUCGACCUUGAAGUUUGGAAGAGGCUUGUGGCCACUUUUUUGUGCACCACUGUUGCUUUCUUCGUUAUCAACGUUUUGGCCGCGCUAGUUGCAGCCAUGUGGGGAGUUACAAUUGGAGAAAGUAGUGGUAGCGUUGCAAUUCUUGUGUUCAUAGUCGUUGUGACCUUAUAUUUGGGUGGGUAUGUUUACCUCACUGCGGUUUGGCUAUUGGCUAGUGUUGUGACCACGUUGGAAGGUUCGUAUGGGUUUGAAGCCAUGGUGAAGAGUAAGGAAUUGAUAAAGGGGAAGAUGGGUUUGUCCAUAAUGAUUGCGCUGAAGCUCAACGUUUUGUUCUUUUUGAUACUGUUGAUCACCAUGGUGGUGGUGAACGGAUGGGAGCUGUUUGGUUUAGGGUUGAUGGCGAGAACUGCGUUUGCGAUUGUGUGUUUCUUGGUGUUGUCUCAUUUGUUGCUGUUGAUGCUUGUUAUCCAAACUGUGCUCUAUUUCGUUUGCAAGUCCUACCACCACGAGAUUGUUGACAUGUCUGCUUCGCUACAUCAUCUGGAAGUGAAUGGAAGAGAAGACUAUGAGAAGUUGGAGGCUAAAGAUGAUCAGCAAGACUAUGUGGUCUAA